GAAAAACCAAAAACCUUUGCCCCACUCAAAGAGGCAAAGAGUGACAAAAUAAGUCUCUCUUGGUGCCUCCAAAAGCUCUUUUCCAUCGUCACCAUUGUGGCUGCCACUGUCUUCUCAUCUUUUCAAUGAUCAAAACAGUCCUUUCUUUCGCAGCAAACUCCUAAUCCAACCCAAACUCUCCAUCUCUCUCUCUCUCUCUCUCUCUCUCUCUCUCUCUCUCUCUCUAUAUAUAUAUAUAUAUAAAACUGUUUGAACAAGUUCUGAACAUUGUAGGCUGAUUAAAGACAGCUACAUCCCUCUUUUUGUGUCUGCCGGUUUUGAGUCUCUGUUCUGGCAUUUUUACAAACAUCCUGUAAACGAAAAUGGCGCUUCCCUAUACCCAUCACUAUGACCUUUCGUUCUCUGCUCUCAAUUUAAAGAAAUUUGGCUCUUCGCAUUUGCAACCCAUUUGUUGUUUACGGUGCAAUUCCAGCGUUUCAUCUUCACCAUUCACGGAGAAGCACUCGUUGCAGAGGUACCAAAGGGACCAGUGGGUCUACAACAACGAUAACCAGCAGCGGCCGUCUCUUAGCUGCGAUGAUGAAGCCGCGUCUUGCUCCGUCCCGGCUGAUAGCGACUCCAUAAGGUUAAAUGACAUCACUUUGCAGCUGCCGGAGCUCAGGAAGUUGCUCCAAGUUUUGAAACAUAAGAGAGAAAGCUGUGGCGGCGAAGUACCCAAAAGUGGACUGGGGGAUGUUUUCUUGGUGGGGACGGGACCUGGAGAUCCCGAUCUCUUGACGUUAAAAGCUGUCAAAGUCAUACAAAAAGCUGAUAUUUUGUUGUACGAUAGGUUGGUUUCUAAUGCUGUAUUGGACUUGGUUGGCCCCGAUGCCAGGCUUCUCUAUGUCGGCAAAACUGCUGGCUAUCAUAGUCGAACUCAGCAGGAAGAAAUCCAUGAGUUGCUUCUGAGUUUUGCUGAAGCUGGAGCUACUGUUGUUAGACUUAAAGGAGGGGAUCCACUGGUAUUUGGAAGGGGUGGAGAAGAAAUGGACUUUUUUCAACAGCAGGGGAUUCAGGUCAAGGUUAUCCCUGGUAUUACUGCUGCUUCUGGAAUAUCAGCAGAGUUGGGUAUUCCUUUGACUCAUAGAGGCAUUGCAAAUAGCGUUAGGUUUCUCACAGGUCACUCAAGAAAAGGGGGAACCGAUCCUCUUUUUGUUGCAGAGAAUGCUGCUGACCCUGAUUCAACUUUAGUGGUUUACAUGGGCUUAUCCACCCUCCCUUCUCUUGCCCAAAAAUUGAUACAUCAUGGCCUACCACCAGAUACACCAGCCACUGCGGUUGAGCGAGGAACCACACCUCAACAGCGCAUGGUCUUUGCAGAACUUAAGGAUCUUGCCGAUAAAAUCAAAACGGCGGAGUUAGUAUCACCAACCCUAAUCAUAAUAGGGAAGGUUGUUGCCCUUUCACCAUUUUGGCCGCAGUCUUUGACAGAAGCAUCUCGUCUGGUUGAAGUUUAACUAAAAGGACAUCUAUGAGACAGCAGCUUAAAAGGUUACAAAUAUGGAUUUGGGAUUUUAAUAACAAGUGAGAGGUCAAUUUCAAGGCUGGGUGUAGGCAAAAGCAGCAUUUUGGUCCUCCUUGGACUUGUUAAUGUCAACAAGACGCAGCAGCAGCCACCAAAUUUCAUUGCGAAUUUUGUUUGUCAUUUCUUUUGUGACCAGUUGUAAUUUUCUUCUUUUACAUUUAUUUGAUGGGACAGAGCCAAUUGCUUUACUGCCUCACACUUGUAACAUUGAUGCUUUUUUUACUCUUAAUUUGACAAAUAAAAUAUUGUUGGAUACUUUUCCAAUACUAGUUUAUUUUAAA